AUGGGUGAGUUCGACGACUACUGGGCGCGGGCGUACAGAAGCGACUCCGGGGUCCCGCACUCCAACCCGCAGCGCCUUGUUUCCACCUGGACGGGCGCCUUCGCCCUGGGCACCGCGGCCUGCGUCCACCACCACGCCUCCGCGCUCACCUCUCACCUCUCACCUCAAGUCCCUACCCACCAGGUGACCUUCCGCAUCCACGCACACGUGCACUUAGAGUUUGUUCCAAUUCUCCUGUUCUUGCUUGCGGUUCGGACCAUGUUGACACCAGGGAUCGCAAUUUAUCACUAG